AUGCCGGGUGAGGCAGCCUCGGUUGGCCCACGGAGCUGCAGCUGCCCUUCGAGCCCUCCUUGCCGACACAUACUCCAGUUCCUGCUUAGAUUUACUCUUGGCAACGUGGUGGGAAAGUAUCUGGCUCAGAGCUAUGACAUACCAAACCUGGCUAAAAAACUUGAAGAAAUUGAAAAGGACAUAGACACCAAGAAGAAACCCCCUAGUUCAUGA